ACUGCGCGCGAAGCAAACACGGCGAGGAUAAGGCAAGAUGGCGUCUGACGGUGAAGACGUUAUUGCAGUCGUCACAGUUCAGUGUUCUUAAUCUGUGCGUCCAUGCACACAUAUAUGUCCUUUAUUACACUCUAUUAAAUAGAGUAAUAAUAACUGUUUGUAUAUUAGUCUGAGCGCACUUUGAUGCUUCUCGAUCUAGCUUUGCUUGCUAGUUAGCUUAGCUUGUUAGCUGCUAACAAAGAAGUGAUGAAAACACAUCGCUAAGCAGAGAUCAAGUGUGAGUGUAAAGUGUUGUGAUUGUGUGAAAAUGUGCGAAAGAACCAUAGCAGAGUACGAGGAGGAACUUUGUCCAACAAAAGAGGAGAAGGAGCGACAACAUCAAGUUGUGUUACACACAACAGACAUCCAUCAGCUGAUUGGACACCAAGAAGAAUGUCUCUCUCAUCUGCAGGGGGACAGUUUCACUUUAGAGGAUCCACAGCCCUCACAUUUUAAAGGGGACGAGGAGGAUCCACACAUGAAAGAGGAAGAGGAGGGAGAGUGUCCUGUAGGGCAGGAGGAGGAUGAUGUCAUGACUGUUGUCUCUGUGAAGACUGAAGAGCAUGAAGACAAAGCACGUGAGUCCUCACAGCUUCAUCACAGUCCAAACGUCCAGCAGCCCCUUCACAUUAAAGAGGAAGAGGAGGAUCCACAGCCCACCCACAUUAAAAAGGAAGAGGAUGAUCCACAGCCCACCCACAUUAAAGAUGAAGAGGAGGAUCCACAGCCCACCCACAUUAAAAAGGAAGAGGAUGAUCCACAGCCCACCCACAUUAAAGAUGAAGAGGAUGAUCCACAGCCCACCCACAUUAAAGAUGAAGAGGAUGAUCCACAGCCCACCCACAUUAAAGAGGAAGACGAGGAUACACAGCCCACCCACAUUAAAGAGGAGGAGGAGGAUCCACAGCCCCCCCACAUGAAAGAGGAGGGAGAGUGUGUUGUAGGGCAGGAGGAGGAUGAUGUCAUGACUGUUGUCUCUGUGAAGACUGAAGAGCAUGAAGACAAAGCACCUGAGUCCUCACAGCUUCAUCACAGUCCAAACGUCCAGCGGGUGUCAGCGGGGAGUCAUGAAGAGGAGUGGCACACCAGUGUGGGACAGAAGGAGCUACAGGCCCCCUCCCACAUUAAAGAGGAGCAGCUUCAUGAUGAAGAUGAAGCUCAGUCCUUACAGCUUCAUCACAGUCAAAGUGAGGAGAACAGAGGGGCGGAGCUUGUAAGUCAACACAUCACAGAAGCUGAUGGAGAGCAUUGUGAAGAUAUAAAGUCAGAACCAGACAGCAUCUUUGCUCCACUGUCAGACAUGGACCACAUGAUGUCACACUCUUCUGAUCACAGUGACCACAUCCAAAAACCUUUGGAGAGUCAAAAUGACUCUAAAGGUGAUACGAGACAUCACACUAACAACAAACACUUUGACUGCUCUCAAUGUGGGAAAUCAUUUAGACUGAAGAGUUAUUUUACAAGACACAUGAGAACACACACUGGAGAGAAACAUUUUAUUUGCUCUGUUUGUAAGAAGAGUUUCUCCCAAAAGGAACACAUGACCAGACACAUACGAACACACACUGGAGAGAAACCUUUUCCUUGCUCAGCUUGUGCUAAAAGAUUCAACACUAAGUAUGACAUGAUAUUACACAUGAGAACACACACUGGUGAGAAACCUUUUACUUGCUCUGUGUGUAAGAAGAGUUUCUCCAGAAAGGGUGACAUGAUCAGACACAUGAGAACACACACUGGAGAGAAACCUUUUAAUUGCUCAGCUUGUGCUAAAAGAUUCAACAAUAAGAAGGACAUCAUAUUACACAUCAGAACUCACACAGGUGAGAAACCUUUUAUUUGCUCUGUUUGCAAGAAGAGUUUCUCCACAAAGGAAUGCAUGACCACACACAUGAGAACACACACAGGUGAGAAACCUUUUACUUGCUCUGUUUGUAAGACUACUUUCUCCAGAAAGGGUUUCAUGACCACACACAUGAGAACACACACAGGUGAGAAACCUUUUAAGCAAGCACAGAUACUAAAGGCCUUUUUUCUGAACUUGAAGAUUUAAAGAAA